GGCAGAAGCAAGAACAUACCACGAAAAUCACCAGGCAUUAUGUAUUUCUGUGUUGACUGCGUACGGGAAAUACUAAUAUACCCGAACUAAAGCCAUUAUGUGAUAAUAUCUCACCGUUGCCAAAUGUUGAAAUGCUAUUAAAAGUGAUACAGAAGUUUGGUACGACUGGAUUUUACAAAAUCUCGGACGUGAAUUCAGGAAUCUGGUAUACCAGAUAAACCAAAGUGUUCCAAGUCACUGCAAUAAGGCAAAACAUUUUUCUUCACAAUAAAAUCGCUUCACCUCUCUUGACUGAUAUUUAGCUGUUGUAGAGUAUGGCUUCCGUCGAGAGGUGUACCGUACUCAUAACAUUAGUUCUUGUUGUACAUUGCGGGGAACAUAUCGUCAAUGGUGUGAUAUCAGAUAUACGUCUUGUUGAUGGUCCAACGUCCAAUAAAGGCACGGUUGAGAUCAGGCAAGACAAUGGAUCAUGGGAGACAACAUGUGGAGUAAACCUUGGUAUCAAUGAUGUCAUUGUCAUCUGUAAACAGUUGGGAUUCAAAGGAGCAAGCAGAGCAAUAACAAACACAACUUAUGGACAGAGUUCAACUCCUACUAGAGGGCUGACUUGUAGUGGUGACGAAGAUAAUUUGGCUGAGUGUACGUUGUUUUCAAAUGCAGCGUGCUCUAUUGCAGGAGCAGCUUCGUGUCAUGGUGAUGGAUAUAUCGGAUGUUUUAAGGAUGAUGUGAGAGACAGAGUGUUACCCGGAAUCCAAAUCGCCUAUUCAUUGAUGACCAUUUCCUAUAGCAUCCAGUAUUGUAACGAGUCAAACACAGCUAACUAUACAUACGCUGGCCUCGAAAAUGGAUAUGCAGGUUACUGUCACAGUAGUGAAACGAGUGAUAACUUUGCCCGACAUGGAGUGGUAUCAGAUGCUAACUGUCAGAUCCCAUGUUUCGGGGACCCUACCGAUAGCUGUGGUGGGUCAUUAUACAUAGCUGUCUACAGACUUUUCCAGUCAACGCCUCCCUCAACUACGGUUGCUGAAACGAGUCCAACUAUUGCUACUACUGAUACUACUACUACUACUACUACAUCUACUCCUUCUUCUUUUGCAUCAACAUCGGGUCAAUUGGAUGUUAACACUGAUGUACGUCUUGUUGAUGGUCCUACGUCCAAUAAAGGCACGGUUGAGAUCAGGCAAGACAAUGGAUCAUGGGAGACAACAUGUGGAGUAAACCUUGGUAUCCAUGAUGUCAUUGUCAUCUGCAGACACUUGGGAUUCACAGGAGCAAGCAGAGCAAUAACAAACACAACUUAUGGACAGAGUUCAACUCCUACUAGAGGGCUGACUUGUAGUGGUGACGAAGAUAAUUUGGCUGAGUGUACGUUGUUUUCAAAUGCAGCGUGCUCUAUUGCAGGAGCAGCUUCGUGUCAUGGUGAUGGAUAUAUCGGAUGUUUUAAGGAUGAUGAGAGAGACAGAGUGUUACCCGGACUCCAACUCGCCUCUUCAUUGAUGAGUAUUUCCUUUUGCAUCAAGUAUUGUAACGAGUCAACCAGAGCUAACUAUACAUACGCCGGCCUCGAACAUGGAUAUGCAUGUUACUGUCACAGUGGUGAAGCGAGUGAUGACUUUGCCCGACAUGGAGAGGUAUCAGAUGCUAACUGUCAGAUCCCAUGUCUCGGGGACCCUACCGAUAGCUGUGGUGGGUCAUUAUACAUAGCUGUCUUUAGACUUUUCCAGUCAACGCCUCCCUCAACUACGGUUGCUGAAACGAGUCCGGCUAUUGCUACUACUGAUACUACUACAUCUACUCCUUCUUCUUUUGCAUCAACAUCGGGUCAAUUGGAUGUUAACACUGUUUCCCAGUCAACGCAUCCUCCUACUACGGUUGCUGAUACUUCUACGUUUGCAUCAACAUCGGGUCAAGUGGAUCUUAAAACUGUUUUCCAGUCAACGCCUCCUCCUACUACGUCUGCUGAUACUUCUUCUACUUUUGCAUCAACAUCGGGUCAAGUUGAUCUUAAAACUGAAAUCGCCAGCACUCUCGCUGUGGGCAUACUACUCGCUUUUGUUACCUUGUAUGGUAUCAUCAUAACAUUGAUGUACCUCCAUCUCAGACGCUCUAAAAUCGCUUUAAAACCGUCAGUCAGUGACAGGGAGGGCCAGGAACUCGAUCCCUACACGUCCUUAGAUACAACAACUAUGAAGCAACCAGCCUACGAGGACAUCAAAGCAACUAGACAAGGAAAUAGAGGCUACAUAAAUGCAAUCGAGGGGGUAGAAUAUGGAAAUCAAAGAAUAGUGGAGCAAACAGCUAGAGUGAAGAAAUCAAACUUGGGAGUUGCCGAUGAGAAUACUGAGCCGGAGUACGAGUUGCCGAUGUAAAGUGAUACCAUGAAGUAGGACCCAGAACGAGCUUUAAAUACAGUUAAACCUGUCUAUUAAGGUAAAAUGGGUGUCUUUCUAUAGACAGCUUCUACAACACAUUUAGCUUGUAUAACUAACACAAGAUGCAUAGCAAUACAGAUAGGUGGCUAUGAAGACAAGUUUGACUGUAUAUCAUGAGCUCUAUAAGUAAAGUUGUACAUGUAGCGAGUUUGUCAAAAUAUUAUAGGCUGUUACUUGAUAAUCUCUGAUGUUGUUGUUGUUAAUAGUACAUUUGUAAAGCUCUUAGAGACAUUUUAUUAAGCGCU